AUGCUUCCUAAGAUUAAAGUGUUUAGAUGGAGAAUCGGUCUUGAUAUCUUACCCACGUACGUCAAUAUUGGUCACAUCCGCCAUAAUUUCUCUACAACUUUUCUGAGAUGUAAGAACAAUGAAGAGUCUCUUAUUCAUGCUUUGAAAAAAUGCCCGAAAGUUUGUGAAACCCUUAUUAUCGGAGGCUUAAACAAUAGGCUUCUUGACGGUAAUUAUGUUCGCUGCACCGACUGGUUGGAAGAUAUCCUGCGCGAGCUCGAUUCCAAUACUGCUGCUGACUUCUUCACGCUUCUUUGGAACUACUGGAACAACAUGAACAAGAUGGGCAAUGAUGAUCCUGCUAUGAUGGUAUGGGAAAGGGCACAGAUUCUUAGUAACGAAUUUAGAAUUUUCAACUUGAAUGAACCCUCUGUAAUUCGACCUACCCUGGUGUGUAAAGGUUGGAGAAAACAUCCCAAAGAUUUUAUUAAAAUUAAUGUGGAUGCAACAGUAUUAAAUAGGAAUGUCGGCUACGGGGCUAUUGUGAGAGACGCUAAUGGGUUUGUGAUUGCUGGAUGCUAUAUCUUUGAAAAUAAGGCCAUCGAUGUUGUGUGGGCGGAACUGAAAGCAUUGACUUUGGGGUUGAAGUUGGCCUUAAGAUUAAAUAUAACCAAGAUUAUUAUGGAGUCUAAUAAUGCUACUCUUAUCAAUACAAUCAAAACAGCGAUAAGGAUGCCACUAUCUUGGGCUGCUGUCUGA